AUGGCGAAUUAUCAAGGUAGUGCGCCUUUCAUUUUCGAAGACGAUGAGGAGGACCGCGUUGUUUUAGGACAACCUCUGGGUGGAUCUGUAGAAUACACAAAACAAUCGAUAGUACAACAGUAUAACUCAAAAACUCAAAACUAUCAUCCGGAGGAAGAAGAUGAAGAAGAUAAUUACGACGAUGUGCCACCACCUGGAGAGGAAGAGGAAGAGGAAGAGGAAGAGGAGGAAGAGGAAAAUGACGAAUUUUUGGAUGAUACAAAGAUGUCACCAGGAGCUUAUAAGCGACAAUUGCAUCAACGAAUUAUAAGGCAGCAGCAGCACGAAGCAAUGAUCCAGCAGAUGCAACAAGAGCAAGCAAGAUCUGCAGCAAUAGAAAAGGAAAGAGCGGAACAACAAAUACGCGAGCAAAAGAGACUAGAUAAGGAGAGGCGAGAUCGGGAGAAAAAAGAGAGGGAGAAGGAACGAAUAGAAAAAGAACGGAAAGAGCAAGUGCAGAAAGAAAAAGAGCGAAAGGAACAAGAAGAGAAGCGAUUGGAAAAGGAGCGACAGGAACAGGAACUAAUCGAAAAAGAGCGACUAGAAAAGGAAAAAGAAGAAAAGGAAAAAGAAGAAAGGGAAAAAAAAGAAAAGGAAAAACAGGAAAAAAGGCGGUUAGAAAAAGAGCGAUUGGAUCUAAAGCGUGAGCGUAGAAUGCAAAAGCUGGAGUUGCAACUGGAAAUUGCGACACAGCAAUUGGCUCAGCAGCAGAGUAUCAGACGAAUGGACGAAAUCGGAAGUCAAUCUUCAAGCCCGCGCAACAGUGUAUUUCUAAAAGAGGGGUCUACGACCGGGUCUCCAAAGCAAAUAAGGGCUAAUACAUCAUUCCAAGGAGCGUCUACUGCAUCAGAACAACAAAAUUUAUCUACGGGCCAGUGGCAGGUGAUGGGACCUGGACCCAAUCUGAGUUUUGUGGGGGCCACACAACGUAAUUAUGGAUUUAUGGGGACCCCUCCACCAUCGGCUGCGUCCGGCAUAGGAGCAGGAGCAGGAGCAGGAACGGGUUCACAACAACAAAGACCACAGGAGUCAAGCACUCCUGGUCCAGCGCUGGCGCCGGGACAUCCUCCACCUGAAGCAUGCUUGCCUGAGCACCUGAUACCUGAGCCAGGACCUGGUGGGAAGCCAAUCUGGGACGAUAGUAUGAUUGACUUUCGGAGUUUACAAAAGGGAGAUGAUGGGUGGUUUGAUCCUUCAGUGAUUUGCACUGCAACAACUCAUGAGCUUGUGGAGCGGGUUCAGCCAUGGAAUGGUGGGAUUUUACAUUUCCCUCGGUUUGUGAGUGAUAUCAAGUAUGCCAUGUACAACUCAUUCCCGAAUUUGAUUCCCACUGAGGCAGCCAAAAUUCUUGUAAGCAAGAUGCCUGCACCAAUUCGGAGCUCAUUGCUAAAACGGGAGAUUCCACGAAUGGGAAUGAAUGCAAUUGUGAGUUACGUUGAGCGAGGGUACGGGGACUUUGAGCAAAAGCUGCGGGAAUCUGCCCAAGCACACUUGUUAACCACACAUAUGGGCCGGGUACGGGUUUCCUUUGAGCAGUUUUUGCUAUACCACUCGUGGUUGACACAUGUUUCCGGGCUUACUGACGUGGAGCGCAUGAAGUCAUUGGCAGCGUGCGUGGACCCAGCUUUGGUAGAGCGGUACCCUAUUCGAGCAUUGAGCUACGAGGAAUUCAAGACAGAGCUAUGGAAAAGCUUUGAAUAUGACUAUGUGUUUAAGCAGUACAUUAUACAAGGGCUUGAAAUAAGCCGACAAAAGAUAGAGGAGGAUCAGGCGCAGGAUAGAGCGUGGCAGGAGUCGCUGCCAAAGGGAACUUCUGGGAUUGAUCCUAAGGAUAAUGUCACAGAUCUUGUACCAUACCAAAUGAAGCAGCAACAGCAGCAGCAACAACAGCAGCAACAACAGCAGCAACAACAGCAGCAACAACAGCAGCAACAACAGCAGCAACAACAGCAGCAACAACAGCAGCAACAACAGCAGCAACAACAGCAGCAACAACAGCAGCAACAACAGCAGCAACAACAGCAGCAACAACAGCAGCAACAACAGCAGCAACAACAGCAACAACAGCAGCAACAACAGCAACAACAGCAGCAACAACAGCAACAACAGCAGCAACAACAGCAACAACAGCAGCAACAACAGCAACAACAGCAGAAACACAAUAAUUAUCAGCAUUCACAGCGCUCUCCAAUGUCUGAGACCAUGAGCAAUAGAUCAGCUCCUCAAAGCAGCAGUGGGAGUCAUAGUAGUCACGUCGGGCACGGCGCUUCACACCGCGGUUCGAGCAGAUCGAGCAGUGUGGAUAGUAGCAGCAUUCCGGUGGCCCCAUCAUUAUGGUCGCCUCAGAAGUCAGGGAACCAUCAGAAAAUGCCUCCGCCUGCACGACUAGCACAUUUGCGGCAAAGCACUUGCAUUAAUGAGACAAGUCGGCCAAGCAGCAGUGCAAGUGGCACCAAUGGUGGUGUUGGAGGGAGCGGCUUAGCAUCUAAUGGGAGCGGUAUGAGCCAUUCUUCUUCUGCAGCGGGUCAUAAACGCAAGGCUGGCGAAACCGAAAUGGCAGGAUCCAUUGUGCGCCACAAAUUGGGUGGCAGCAUUGGGGGGUCUCGACAACGGCUGUUUGGCCAUAUGUAUCGGCAGACAUACCGGGCACACCACCUACCACUUUCUCUGGGUAGUAACAUUGAUGACUACAAAGCAAUAGCUGCGGAUCUCAAGCAAGCUCGUUGGAGUGGCUAG